UUGUUGUUCUUUAUCCAUAUGGAGCAGGGUGUUGGACCUAGCAUAGCAAUAAGUUUUACUGUUUACGAGUCACUCAGAUCCUUCUGGCAGUCUCGAAGCCCCAAUGAUUCUACUGUCAUGGUCAGUCUUGCUUGUGGUAGUCUUUCAGGCAUUGCAUCAUCAACAGCGACAUUUCCUCUUGAUCUUGUGAGAAGAAGGAUGCAGUUGGAAGGGGCUGGUGGUCGAGCUCGUGUCUAUAAUACUGGGUUGUUUGGGACAUUUGGACACAUAAUCCGUUCUGAAGGCUUGCGAGGCUUGUAUAGAGGAAUUUUGCCAGAAUACUAUAAGGUGGUUCCAAGUGUUGGCAUAGUUUUCAUGACUUACGAGACAUUGAAGAUGCUUCUAUCAAGCAUCCCUACCAGUAAUUGAUUAUAGUCCGGUUUCCUAUAUACUGCCAUAAAUUUUUUCCAUGAGGUUAGUUAAUUGUUAGGCUUUCAACAUGAAAGAAGAAGAAAAACAAUCAGCUGGUUAAAGAUACGUCACGUAGCAGAGAUGUCCAUUAUGUGGGCAUUGGUUGAGAAUUUCCAUGGUGGUAAAUUUUGUCGUUGCCACUGCGAGGUAGCAUUUCUUUAUUCUGUUUUGUAUAGAUAGUGAAGCAUUGUGAGAGUCAUGUCAAUUGUAUUCACUUCCAACAUAUUGAAGUCUCAGGUGACCCUCUUUGGUAUUAGCAUUCAUUGUUGAUCAUGUCAACUUAAAAAGCUUUGUAACUUAAUUCAAUUACAAUGUUCGGAAGGUA